CUUGCUUGGUCCACCGAUUCGCUCUUUUUUCUUUAACUGUCGAAAUAGUUUCCGAAUUAAGCGAGGGAAAAGUGUUCAUCGAGAACGGAAUCGGAGUUGGAACCGGAACGAAUCCAAGUUCUUCCGCCGUCUGAAUAUUUUUCCUCCCAAGCCGAUCUCCAUUUUUCCACUACACUGCAUCUUCUUUCACACCGUCAUGACACUCGACCGCCAGUCCCAACACUCGGACCAAAUACGCAGUUCCCUAGACGCCGAUGAUGACUCUGACCAUCUCCAUCCAACUCUUUCCACGCCUGCUGUCGUCAAUGGAGAUGACUGCGAGAAUGCCGGAGAUGACCUCGUCGUUCCUCCGCUGAACUUCGCCGUCGUUGACAAUGGCAUUUUCCGCUCCGGUUUCCCCGACUCUUCCAACUUCUCCUUCUUGCAGACCUUAGGCCUUCGUUCGAUUAUAUGUCUUUGCCCCGAGCCAUAUCCUGAGGUCAGCGUGGAUUUUCUCAAGUCCAAUGGGAUCCGAUUGUUUCAAUUCGGAAUUGAAGGCUCUAAGGCGGGUUCAGACAAGGUUGAUGCAUAUGUAAACAUGAUUCUCGAGUGUAUGAGGAAUUUGGAUAUGAGCGCUGAUCAAAUGUACUCUUUGGAGCCUUUUGUGAACAUUCCAGACGUUACAAUUCGAGAGGCACUUAAAGUUAUUCUCGAUGUGAGGAAUCGCCCAGUUUUAAUCCAUUGCAAGCGAGGGAAGCACCGAACUGGUUGCGUGGUGGGAUGCUUCAGAAAGUUGCAGAAAUGGUGCCUAUCGUCAGUCUUCGAUGAGUACCAGAGGUUUGCGGCUGCGAAGGCAAGAGUUUCAGAUCAGAGGUUCAUCGAACUAUUUGACAUUUCAGGGUUUAAGUAUUUGCCGUCAUCAUUUUGAUGUUCCGAAAGGUAAUUUGUCUUGUAAGGCUGUAUCUGGUGUGGAGGAUGUUCAUUAGUGGAAGAAGGCAUUCCGAAGCUGUUUUCACCUUUCAGUGGUCUCUAAUUACUUGUCAUUCUAUUCUUUAGGCCUCACAUUUGGUUCAAGUGAUUACUACCCCCUCACUCCUUUGUAUUUGUAUAUUUACAUGCAAUUAACAUUAGAUCUCUCUCUUCAGUUCCCAUUUUAGGCAUUUUCUAAUGAAAAAAGCAUCCCAUUAUUAGCA